UACUUGAGGAAUUCUUGUGGUUUCUUUGUCAUUUAGUGAGAGCCCAGCCAGCUACUGUGGAGGCAAAGCGUCCCUGAGGUUGCCUACAAAGGGCAAUGUUCCAGUGUGCUUUCUCCUCAAGUGUGCUUCAGCCGCACAGCACUUCCUGUUUAUUCAAACAUCUUUUUUACCACUCGGCAACCCCCGCUUCACAGAAACAGCCAGAACCCAUCUACAGCAAGAAGACGGAAAUCCAAAGGCAGACAGUGCGAGCUCACUCCAUCAAACUCUUCAUUUUCUCUGCACUUCAAGUGGCAAGACAGCUUCUCCUUCAGCAGCAACAGCAGCAGCAAGUUAGUGGAUUAAAAUCUCCCAAGAGGAAUGACAAACAACCAGCCCUUCAGGUUCCCGUGUCAGUGGCUAUGAUGACACCUCAAGUUAUCACUCCCCAGCAAAUGCAGCAGAUCCUGCAGCAACAGGUGCUGAGCCCUCAGCAGCUCCAGGUCCUCCUCCAGCAGCAGCAGGCCCUCAUGCUCCAACAGCAGCAGCUUCAAGAGUUUUAUAAAAAACAACAGGAACAGUUGCAGCUUCAACUUUUACAACAACAACAUGCUGGAAAACAGCCUAAAGAGCAGCAGCAGGUGGCUACCCAGCAGUUGGCUUUUCAGCAGCAGCUUCUACAGAUGCAGCAGUUACAGCAGCAGCACCUCCUGUCUCUGCAGCGCCAAGGCCUUCUCACAAUUCAGCCCGGGCAGCCCGCCCUUCCCCUGCAGCCCCUCGCGCAAGGCAUGAUUCCAACUGAACUGCAGCAGCUCUGGAAAGAAGUGACAAGUGCUCAUAGUGCAGAAGAAACCGCAGGCAGCAAUCACAGCAGUUUGGAUCUGACCACGACAUGUGUCUCCUCCUCUGCACCUUCCAAGACCUCCUUAAUAAUGAACCCACAUGCCUCUACCAACGGACAGCUCUCAGUCCACACCCCCAAAAGGGAAAGUUUGUCCCACGAGGAGCACCCCCAUAGCCAUCCUCUCUACGGACAUGGUGUAUGCAAGUGGCCAGGCUGUGAAGCAGUGUGCGAAGAUUUCCAAUCAUUUCUGAAACAUCUCAACAGUGAGCAUGCGCUGGACGAUAGAAGUACAGCUCAAUGUAGAGUACAAAUGCAGGUUGUACAGCAAUUAGAGCUACAGCUUGCAAAAGACAAAGAGCGCCUGCAAGCCAUGAUGACCCAUCUGCACGUGAAGUCAACAGAACCCAAAGCCGCCCCUCAGCCCCUGAAUCUGGUAUCAAGCGUCACACUCUCCAAGUCUGCAUCAGAGGCUUCUCCACAGAGCUUACCUCAUACUCCAACGACCCCAACCGCCCCCAUCACUCCUGUCACCCAAGGCCCCUCCGUCAUCACCACCACCAGCAUGCAUACGGUGGGACCCAUCCGCAGGCGGUACUCAGACAAAUACAACGUGCCCAUUUCUUCAGCAGAUAUCGCGCAGAACCAAGAGUUUUAUAAGAACGCAGAAGUUAGACCACCAUUUACAUACGCAUCUUUAAUUAGGCAGGCCAUUCUCGAAUCUCCAGAAAAGCAGCUAACACUAAAUGAAAUCUAUAACUGGUUCACACGAAUGUUUGCUUAUUUUCGACGCAAUGCUGCCACGUGGAAGAAUGCAGUGCGUCAUAAUCUUAGUCUUCACAAGUGUUUUGUGCGAGUAGAAAACGUUAAAGGGGCAGUAUGGACAGUGGAUGAAGUAGAAUUCCAAAAACGAAGGCCACAAAAGAUCAGUGGUAACCCUUCCCUUAUUAAAAACAUGCAAAGCAGCCACGCCUACUGCACACCUCUCAAUGCAGCUUUACAGGCUUCGAUGGCUGAGAAUAGUAUACCUCUAUACACUACCGCUUCCAUGGGAAAUCCCACUCUGGGCAACUUAGCCAGCGCCAUACGGGAAGAGCUGAACGGGGCAAUGGAGCAUACCAACAGCAACGAGAGUGACAGCAGUCCGGGCAGAUCCCCUAUGCAAGCUGUGCAUCCUGUGCACGUCAAAGAAGAGCCCCUCGAUCCAGAGGAAGCUGAAGGGCCUCUAUCCUUAGUGACAACAGCCAACCACAGUCCAGAUUUUGACCACGACCGAGAUUACGAAGACGAACCCGUAAAUGAGGACAUGGAGUGAGCAUCUCUGGGCAGGCCAACCCCAAGAACGAAGAUUGGGGGGGAAAAACACGUCAAAAGUCAGCAGUGAAAUUGUUCUCCAUUUGUUGUACAGUCUGGAGGAUUUUCACUCCAUUCGGACAACUCUGAAACGUGUUAACUCUGAGUGCCAUCAAGAAUCCCAUUUGGGAGUAUUUUUGAUUUUUCUACUUUUUGUUGAAAAAAGGAAUUUGUACUCUGUGCAUUGGAUGGACUUGUUUGGUACUUGGGAUUUUCCUCUCCUCUAACAGUCAACAUCAGUGUUGUAAAUUUGCUAAACUGAUUCACUUUUAGCAGCAGACUUUGAACUGCCGUCCUGCCGACGUGGGACACCGAGGACACCCAACUGAGCAUGUGCGUCUAAGCUGCAGACCAAGCCUCUGCCCAGAAUUUAAGGAUUCCAAUGGACGACCUAUUUGCACAGUACUGCAUGUUGAUUAUCACUGCCUUUACUCCUUUUUUUUUUUUCGUUUUUGUUUUGCUUCCAGUUGGGAUGGGGAAGGCCUUUGUGUGUGUAUUGGGGGGAGGGGGUUAAAAAAGUAAUUAUCCCAAACUUUUUAAUGUAUUGCUUUUUUUUUUUUUUUUUUUUUUUUUUUUUUUUUUUUUUUUUUUGCUUCUACUAUACCAUUUUAAGUUCUGACCUCAGGCCUCCAUUUGGGCCCACGGCCUCCUGGAGGCUUAAAGUUUUCUGUACCUUGUGAUGAAUGUUAAUAGGUGUUUUUAUUAUACAAAGCUGAAUGUCAUUUCUCGUUUGUAGUUUUCUGUCACUCAUUCCAUUUUCCUUCAGACAUCACCACGUUUUCUCUAAAGUCAGAAAACAUUCCGUUUUGGUCUUUUUCAAAAAAGGUCCCAAAUGCUGCACUCUCUACACAUGAAGGUCCUCUCACACAGACCUGAAGUCCUGCCAGAAAGAGAAUGAAUGACAGAAAAAAAAAAAGAGAGAGAGAGAGAGAGACACCCUAGGAACAAUGCAGAUUCAUUCCACGAAGCAGUAUUGGAGGUGGGAAGGGGGUGGUUUCAGUUUCUUUUUUGUUUUGUUUUUUGCAGCUACCAUCAUUGUCAGUAAAUGCCACAGCAUUCUGCGAGCACAAGGACACAUAGGCAGCACUCCCCCCCCCCCCCCCCAGAUUCUCCUGCUAGACGGACAGUGUGGCUGUGGAAGGCUCUCCCUCGGGUAACCAAGUUGCCAUGGGCCACAAGCUCUCUGAUGUUAAAACCAGGCUGGGUUGCUUUGUUUGCAAAAUGGCCAAAAAGCUGGCUUCCCUGAGCAACUCUGCUGAAAAGUGGUUGGCGGCGCUGAAUUUAAACAUCAGUCCAGACCUGCUUGGUGGCAUUAAUCUGUUUGAAUGCAAAUUAGAUUUCAGAUUGAAUUUGUGAUGGAAGUUAAUGAGGACUGAGUUCAGCAAAUGCUAAAGUGUUAAUUUCAAACGUGCAAAUUCGGUACUGCAGUUGAGUUUGUUAUGCAAUAUUAUCCCACCAAGCCAGUAUCCAAAACUAACAGUAGAAGACAUCGAGGAGACGGGGGUGCAUGGCGCCCCUGAGCGUUUGGAGAAAGAAACGUGGCAUAUGCCGAACGUGACGGCCAUCGGUCAGUACAACCUCAGUCCUUAGGAACCCCUCAGUGCUUCCACUCUGCACCCACUUUCCUGUCACUCAUUUAUUUAUCUAGGACCGUAGCUUUUGUUUUAGUUUGAGAGCCUUUUGGAGCUUAAUUUAUAUUCUUUGUACCUUUUUUUCUAAAAUUACCAAAGAUAUUACACAAAGGUAAAUUAUGUUCUCUGUUUUAUGCUUUAUCUGAUGAAGCCAAAUAUCCUCUUAUUGUUGAUCAAAGGAGGCGAAAGAAUUUUAGAGGCAAUUGAUGAGUUAUAGGCUAUUGCUAACCUGAGAAAGAGAACUGCUCCUUCUUCAUAGAAUAAAUUUAGAAGACCAAGUAGGUAAUGGAACCAAAGUUGUUAUUUUUGUUAUUUUUUUUUUUUCUUGUUCUGUACCUCGACAGAGACCAAAAUUCCUAAAGAGAGAUUAUGGGGCUGCUGAAGGUGAAAAUGGGGCACAGUGUUACAGGAGCGAAAGAAGGAAGGGAGUCCCAUCUCAAAAACCUGAAUGGAUGCCACUGAAAAUUAGGGGUAACCAGUAAAGGAGACAGUUAAGAAAAAAUGUAAAGAAAACAAAAGCUUCUACAUUGGAACUAAAUCACAGGCACAUUUCUAGAAUACAUUUUUGUUUUUCUUUUUACAGAAAGAGGUAUGCCACUUUGGUUUUAAGGACCGUGCUAGGAUCACUGCAUGAAUUAUGCUUUGUCUUGGCAUAUAUCUUCCGGUUUUUGUUGGUUUUUUUUUUUUAAUGUUUUCCUUUUUCCUUCCUUUUUUUUCUAAUUAGGCUUUGGUCAGCAUUUUCCAUUGAAAGAAAAAAAAAAAAAAGUAACACUCCCGUCCACUCAUGAGCUUGGUACAAAAACUUCUUUGGCCAUUUCUUUUGAAGCUUCACUGUGCUUUCUGUAUAAAGGGCAGUCUGUGGUCACUCGAGACUUUUUUUUUUUUUUUUUUUUUUCUUAACUUUUCCAGGCAGCUUCAUGAUGUGCAGGCAGUAGCCAGACAGGGUCAUGGGAAGGGGGCCCUGUGCUUCUAAACUGAGUGGUUGCUGGUUCGUUUGGUAUUCAAAAGAGGAUAAAAAUCUGGUAGAUUAGUUCAUUCUCAGCAUGUGUAGCUAGACAUGAGUAAAGAUAACAGCAUGAGAAACUGUUAGUACGCAUACCUCAGUUCAAACCUUUAGGGAAUGAUGAAAAUAAAAAAAAAUACAUUUCACUCAGUUGCACUUAGUCGUAUGUCUUGCAUGCUUAGUCUAAAGACUGUAGCAAAAAAAAAAAAAAAAAAGAAAAAUUAGAUUUUACAUAUCUUUGCAGGUCUCCCAACCCUGCAGAAGAACCAAUUGAAAAAAAAAUUCUCAGGCUUUACAGCAAGCAAACUUCACUAUGAUUUUUACAAUUCUGAUUCUGUAUCCCUUGGGGGGGGGUUAUUCCAGUCGCUUCUUUAGGAUGGGGUUUAUUAUGUUGUACAUAUAUUCCAAUGUGUCUUGUGUGAAUCUUUGUCUUUUUUGGGGGAGGGCAGAGGGCGGUUCUUUUUUUAGAUAUUGUUCCUAAAAAGGAAUAAAUGCAUACACCUGUUUGUCAAAACACCUUUGCUUUUUGUGCAACUGCUUUAUAUUAACGAUACUAAAAAAAAAAAAAUAGCUUUGGGAAAAAACUACUGUAUGUAAUGGAAUUGCAGAAUUUGCUGCACAUGUAUUUUAUUUAGGUAUCCUUGCUUUAAGAAUAUUGGAUGACAUUUCCUGACAUGUGGGAGGGAGAAAUUCCCUAACCUUUUUUUUUUUCCUUUUAAAUUGUAACAUAGUUGACAGAUUUUUUUUUUUUUCUGUUCUCAUUGAUCAGAGCAUUUUGUACAGAUUCGUGUGUGUGUGCGUGCGCGUGUGUGUUAACCUGUUUUUUGAUACAUUCCUAUCCCUUGUGUUUAUCCCACCACUGCCUUCCUGGCUAUCUUAAACAAGUUCAUACAUUUGAAAAGAGAAAAAAAAAAUGCUGUUUAAAAAAAUGUUUUCUCCUGCUGCAGUAAAUAUUUUGCAUGAUGAAAUUCCAGGGUCACACUUUCAAAGUUUAUCAGUGAAGUAGUGAUUAAUAAUGGGGAGUUGUCAAAGCUAUUGAACUUUUUUGUAUAAAAAAAAAAAAAAAACUUUACAAGGUGCCAAGAUGUAAAGACAAUUUGUUACUUUUCCUUUUCCUUUUUUUUUUUUUCCUCCAAAGAAAAGCGUACAUUAGGGAGACAGUCCCUUGUAUCAGGCAAAUGCACUGUCAGGAAUGAGAAUCCAUCCUACUUGUCCCUAGAGUCUGUCCUUGUAAGACAAGUGACGCUGCCCGCGUUGAAAACCAGCAGUGAAAUGAAAUAUCAAAGCUUCUGUACACGAAGAGUGACCGCCAACCUUGCCACCCUCGGACAGCGCUAACAUUACAGCCAGCAUUCCGUCAGACCUAGGAAAGAAUACCUUGGAUUCUUAACCCAAAAUCUGAUUGAUGUAAAUCACUAGCUAUUUUAUUGUGGGGGGAAAAAAAAAGUUAAAAAAAUAUCUCCUCUCCUUUCCACAUUCCAGCUGAGCUCCGUUUCCAAGGGUACAAAGAAGAACAUGCUUGUAAGGAUUUUGAAUCUUUUGGGUACCUGUUGGUUAAUGGUAUAUAUACCCUCUUGAUAUUUUGGAUGUUUUUGAAUGUUGGUUUCGCUUUUUUUAUCCUGAGAAUGAGACUUAAAAUUCUAAAGGCAUUUUAUGGGGCCGGUGUAGUUCCCACGAUCUCUGCUACCCAGAAGCCUUGAUGAAGAUGGUCUAGUCCGGACUAUGAGCACGGUGCUUCGUGGAUAUGUGCUGCCAGUAACAAGAAUUUUUUUUUUUCUGUUUUGUUUUGUUUUGAUAAGGCAUAAAAGAAACUCAUUCCUUGACAUCAACUGUAAUUCCAUCAUUCCGUGUCUGUGGAUACAGACAAUAAAAAAAAAAAAAAUGUUGUGUAGUCAGUACUCAUGACUGACAUUAUAGCAUUCUCAAAUGCAAUAAAAAUGCUGUUUGUUCACACUGGUAGUAAAAA